AUGGGUAUAACAAGCAUCACUAUCGGGGGCGUGCCGCUCUCGCCAGGGUUAUCGCCCGUGCUGGCGCCAGUGGAUGGCCAUGGGGGGCUGGGUGCGCCGGCGCUGCUGCAGCUCGACGAGCGGCGGGGCUCGCAGCGGUAUGAGACGUCUUUGUCGAAGUUAGCGGAGCUCACGCCGGGCGGGGGCAGUGCAAGUGCGGGGAGCCCUGUGUCGUCUCUCCGGCUACCUGCACAGUCGCUAUUCCGGGUGGGGUCGCCGAUGCGGACGUCCAUGAUGAGCCAGGUGCCCAAGAUGUUGCGUCCCGAGUACAUGAAUGUGAAGGCUGGAUGGCGAGAUCAGCUCUUCAAGACCAGGAACUCCAUUCCGAAGGAUGGCGCGGUGACAGUGGCUUCUGCGCUUACGUCGUCCGCGGUGCCUACCAUGCCGCGCGAGCUCGCCCAUGAGGCCCCUCUUGAGGGCACGUCCGCCUGGGAGCAAGCCGGAGAUGGGGCGCAGGUGGCAGAGGCCUCGGGCAAGACAGGACAGGCGCGGCCGUCGGCCUUCAACUCCUAUAAUAAAGGCUCAGCAGCCAAGCACUCCAGUACACACACACCGAAAGUGGGCAACGGCAGCAAAAGCAAGCAUGCUAGGGAGCUGUCAGUGAUCAGUUGUCUUAGUGGGAAAACUUUGUUUGAGCCAGACAGUCUCCAGCCACCCACAGGCUCUAUCUCGCAGCCCCCAUCGGGCAGUGUAUACCAGUUUCCAUCAGCCUCACCAGUAUCAUCUUCUUCCUCCGCAAACCUUGCAUAUGCUGUCGACGAGAAUGGGUUCGUUAUGAGCAACAACAAACAUAGAGAUAGCGUGCUAUCGGCUACCAUGGAGGACCGGUUCUGGAUGGACUACCAGGAUGAAAUAAACCAAGGGCACCGGAUGUCGUCGGACGGCCUUCAGUUCGAGCCUCUCAAAGGACCGAGCCUUAGCCUACAGACUGAGCGCUUUGAACUGAAGGUCAAAAGACUAGAAGUGCAGAUAGAGGAGCUACAGCUGCAAAACGACAAAUUGAAACAUUCCAUGGAGCACUCUGCGAUCCAAGAUAAGCUACUACUCGACGCAUUACAUGAAGCCCGCGAAGGGCGGAAUAAUUACAACCAAGACGCAGAGCGCAGUUUGAAGGCGCUCGAACGAAAGAUACAGGGGUACAAACGUACCAUUUAUGCAUUAACGACCUAUGACGGGUAUGGGCCCUUACGCCACAAGGUCGCUCUAUUGAACGACGAACAGCUAGAAGCAAUUGCCAACGACGAUGUAGCCGCAGCUUCUGUGUGCGGGCAGCCCGAGGGCGCAGAGCACGCCCCAGCCGACAAAAAAGAGUCGAAUCCCGUGGAUGAGCAGCCUAGCAGAGGCAGGUCCUAUCGAGCGCGUAACCGGGGGUUGCAUUUGAAUCUCUCCAUCGUUGAGUAG